GCCUGACACGCUGUCACUAACGUGCACAUGUAGCCAGUCGCAACUGUAGCAGUGGAGUCACGUUCGAUCGGGAGUCGAGGUUUUAAAUAAGUUAUCUAACCAAGGUGAACACUUGAAAGUACAGCAUGAGUCCGAGUGCUGAAGAGGCACCGAAGGCGAAUCAUGUUCAUGGAGGAAUAAGGGCCAUUCUCCUGGGCCCUCCCGGAGCAGGGAAAGGCACGCAGGCUGGUAGACUUGCUGACCACUACAAUGUCUGCCACUUAGCCACGGGUGACAUGCUGCGAGCCAUGGUAGCAAGUGGAUCAGAAUUGGGACAGAAGUUAAAGCAAACAAUGGAUGCUGGCAAAUUAGUCAGCGAUGAAAUGGUGGUUGAAUUGAUUGAUAAAAACUUGAACAAACCAGCCUGUAAAAAUGGAUUUCUCUUGGAUGGAUUCCCACGCACUGUCAAUCAAGCAGAGAUCUUUGAGAAGCAACUGGAAAAACGAUCUGAGAAGCUGGAUUCUGUGUUGGAGUUUAAGAUUGAUGAUAGCCUGCUCAUUAGCAGGAUCUGUGGCAGGCUGCUUCAUCAGCCCAGUGGACGCACCUACCAUGAAAUAUAUAAACCCCCCAAAGUGCCGAUGAUAGAUGAUGUAACUGGCGAACCUUUGAUAAAACGCUCGGAUGACAAUGGAGAGACAUUAAAAUCUCGACUAACAUCUUAUCAUACCCAAACCAUGCCUCUUAUUUCUUAUUACCAAAAGAAAGGGCUUCACACAGCAAUUGAUGCUUCAGUGUCUCCCGAUGUUGUUUUCUCUACGAUUCUAGCUGCAUUCAGUGGAGCUACAUCUGAGAAGUGGAGGCUUGGUAUAUACUGAGCAAGAUGACCUCUGUCUUCAUCCUUGCUGGAACUUCUGAUCAUCUCCCCCUCAAAUUGUCAUCAAGGACUAUAGGACCAGGACAAUCUUGUAUUUGUUAUACAGUUUUAUUUUUUAAGAAAUUAGAAUAGCAAAACUAAAGUAGCUAUGCUAACAUAUAAGGUAAAAAAGACCUAGAUGGAAAACCAGACCAUUUGUUAUUUUGUAAACAUGUGAAAUGCCAACUGCUUGUCUUCUCCAUUGGUGCUGAAUUGUUUCUAGAUUUUAAAUCACUUUUUUUAUAAGUAAACACCGCCCCUCCCCAGAGCUUACCCCAAUUUUUAGUGAUUUGGUUAAACAUUUGUAAAAACAAGAUCAAGAUGCCAUUUUAUUUUGAGUUUCAUUCCAUUUUUUUGAGAAACCACAAUGGCAUUAGAUUAUUCUUGGCAUCCUAUUCUUAGGGCUUUAAGACCUUCAGACACCCACCAGCCUAGACUAGAGUUACCUCUUCUUCACUACCAUUCUACUGUACAACGGGGAAUUUGGUUGUUCAGUAAGUUGUACCUUGUUCUGUUAGAUCCAAGAGCAAAUUUACCUUUAGCAUAAAUACAAUCUUGAUUGUACUUGGAGACUUUUUUUCCUAAAAUCUACUUUUCCAAUUAAUGUAAUUUUUUUGCAUAAUUGAGAACAUAAUACCUUUUUGUAUGUUAGAGACUAUGUUUUAAGAAUUUGCUCUGCUGUAUUUUGUAAAAAUAAAGGCUAACCAAAGGUG